UAGUCUCUUGGUCAAUAAGUGCGUACUCGCUUUAACUGCGUUGGCCACCUGGGAGCGGUAAACGCGCCGCUAUUGAGGUGCAUGAACGGCGGUGACGCACAAGCUUCACGUCACGAACGAACCGGGUCAGUCAGACUCUGCGUGUCUUGUCACUACUAUCUGUCCCUGUCACCGUUACUGGAAUCGGUUUUUCAUCCAUGCUUUAACAAGUUUCGUCGCCUUCAUUUUGUGUAGUGUAGGUGAGCGUUAAAGUGCAGGAGAGACGGGAGGUAUGUGAAGUUACUGUCACUUUCACCAGAGAUGGAGAAUUCAGUUGAAGAUGAGUGCGCUGAUUCGGGAGCGGAGACCGGAGGCUGUGAUCGAUGAAAAGAUGCAUCCUGGGUUUUUUAUAGGUCUGACUACAGUCUUAUGUCAUCAGCAAGCAGUGAUUUGUCCAUGGGGGACCUACAAGAUCCUUUCCUAGUUUCUAUCCACAUCAUCACUGACCCUGGUCAGGCCAAAACGCUCCAGCAAGCUGCUGAUCAGGUCCUCUCCUGGCUCCACCCUGAUCUCACCCUCUUCAGGGUGUCAGAACGGGCAGGUGGUCUCUCUCGAAAGCGCAAUGUCCAGUUGCAGCGCGUCACCGAACCACCAUCGCACCAGCCAGCCUUGGCUGUAAUCCUGUUUCUACAGGAUGAAUAUAGAGGUGACGAGAGUCUUGAAUGUCUCCACAAUCAGCUGAGAUGCCCACCGUGGCGAUACCACCACACAGAGCGGGUGAACGGACGAGGCCUCUUACCAUUCUCUCCAGCCAACCAGGACUUUGUUACACUUGCACCAGGCACACCACUAUGGGCGCUUCGCCAGGUCCACUACGGCAAAGAAAUUGUGCGCUUUACAGUCUAUUGUCGCUACGAGACCUACAACGAACAGGUGCGUAUGUACAGGCUGCUCCUGCGCCGAAGGCUAGCCCAGAAGAAGGAGGAUUUCUGUUUCUGUGUAGUCUACUCCAACCCUGAAACAGAAAUCCAGCUGUCAUUCAAGCGCAUGCCCCGUGGCCAGAACCUCAUCCCCACUGAAAAUGCUGUGAUGGAGAUCAGAGUGAGGGAUGUCGGUGAACUUGUGCCACUGCUGCCAUGUCCCUGCACGCCUAUCAGCGACAUCCGCUGGCAAACAAAUGAUUAUGACGGGAACAAAAUAUUGCUACAGGUUCAAGGUUCACGGUAUUACCGCAAGCACACUAUUGCAAAGUUCUGUCACCUUCCUCCUGAUGAUCCUCCGGUUACCUCCCCUCCUCCACCCGAGCUGCCCCCUCCACCUCCUCCACCAUACGGCCGCGGGCCCGCCUCUUAUCGAAAUCGCCGUUAUCACCGGAACUCAUCGCGUUCGCGAACCCAGACCCUUCCAUCUCCGGUCACCUCCAGGACGCCCACGCUGUGCGAUCAGGAGGGCCGCAUGGAGAGCCUCCAGAGGGAUGUGGAGCUCUUACGCGCGGGAUGGACAGGCCACCGCACACAGUCCCUCUUUUCUCUGCCUACAGACGAGUCCCGCUCCUCGUGUGCCUCUCCUUCAAGCUUCCGUCCUCGCUGCUACUCUUCAAUGGCCGCUCCAAUUUUCCGUGUCAAUGUCGAUACACUAGUGGGAGCCGAAGAGACAGAUGUGGACACGGGACAGACCAUCAGCGGCAGCUCUGUGGACCUAUCGGUGGUCUCAGGUUAUUCCCAUCCACAGCUGAGGCCCCAUUUAAAGGCCCCAGCACUGCGACCCAAGUCCGCUCCUCCAACAGAUCGAGGUCUUGACUUUGCUGAUCUGAACUAUAAUAAUGCCUCCUCCAUAAGACAGACUCCUGUGCCAUCUAGAGCACAGAGCAUCUCUGCUAAAUCCACACCUUGUGUAGUACACAAACCACAGCCAAAGAAUGUGAAAGAUGUGUUGCAGGACAAAGGGCAGCAGAACAGCAAUGGCAUUGUGACUGUAGAUGAUUGUAAUUAAGAAGGCAUUGCGGAGGAAGAGCAAGAAUUUUAUAUCUGACA